AUGAGUUUUUCAUCUGUGGAAGAUGCAAGAAGACGAGGUGACCCCUGUUUCCACUACACGCUCCUAGAUCAGACCUGGCGCGCCACCAACACCACCAGCAAGCUGAAGACGUGUGAUCGGCAAGUAGACUGGAAAGGGUGGUACUGUCUUUUCUACAAGGGUAAAAGUCUGCAGAUGCCUGAGAGGUGCGUCCCUGUGAACAAAUGUGGCACCAACUCCCCGCUGUGGCUGUCCGGGCCUCAUCCAAGGAUCAGGGAUGGUAUUGUGACCCGCAAUGUCUGCGGCAAUUUGAACAAAAGAUGCUGUGCUUUCCGUCCGUCCGUCCCCAUCAAAGUCAAGAAGUGCCCGGGCAACUAUUACGUCUAUCAGUUCACUAAGCCAACAUCCUGUUAUUUGGCUUACUGCUCCGACGUCAGCAGGCUCGUGUGCGGGCGAUGCAGGAGAAACCAGUCCUGUGUGAGCAGAGAUAAGAUUAACUGGAGAUGCAAGACAAACAGAAUGUCUUCCCAAAAGAUCCACUUCUUUGCGUCUUAUCCAGCCCAAAUCAAUGGCAAACUGAACAGGAUCAAGUACAGCAAGGUGCUGGUGAAUGUGGGCCGAGCCUUCGACAGGAGGACUGGUGUGUUCAGGGCUCCCGUCAAAGGAAUCUACCAGUUCUUCUUCUCCACUCAGACAACCAUUAAGGGCCUUAAAACUGAUCUGUGGCUAGUAAUAAAUAAUUACUGGGUGGCCGUUUCUCGUGCACAUGUUCCCCGUUCCUACAGUGUUGGAAGCACAUCUACAUACAUGACUUUCCUCUGCAGAGGGGCUUCAGUCUAUGUCACCCACAACUGUGGUAACUCCUGGGCCACCGCUGCAUCCAUGACUAUUACAUUUGGAGGCUCACUGCUUUUACAAAGUAAAUAA